UUGUGAGAUGAAAUAAACUAGUGAUUGAUGCUGUUUGUUGCAAUUUUGUUUGGUUACUUUCUUCUCUCUCAAUAGUCACUCCCUGUACUGUAAUGGAACACCAAACUACACCUUCGUCUUCUCACAAUCCCUCUCAGUUGUCAUGGAUUAACUUGUCGAGGAAUUUAUUGUUAGCAUAUCAAAGCUUUGGUGUAGUAUAUGGAGAUCUAAGCACAUCACCUCUCUAUGUUUAUACAAGCACAUUUAAAGGAAAGUUUAAGAACCACCAUGAUGAAGAAACUAUCUUUGGUGUUUUUUCAUUGAUUUUCUGGACGCUUACGUUAAUACCUUUGCUUAAAUAUGUAUUCAUCAUAUUGAGUGCUGAUGAUAAUGGUGAAGGUGGGACAUUUGCUCUAUAUUCACUGCUCUGUAGGCAUGCCAAAUUUAAUUUGCUCCCCAAUCAACAGGCAGCUGAUGAAGAGCUGUCGUCCUACAAAUAUGGUCCGUCGUCACCACAGAUGGUUGCCUCGUCACCGCUCAAGAUGUUUUUGGAGAAGCACAAAAGGUCAAGAACAGCUCUGCUUGUUGUUGUACUAUUUGGUGCUUCCAUGGUCAUAGGUGAUGGUGUACUUUCUCCAGCUAUUUCAGUUCUGGCAUCAGUAUCAGGAUUAAAAGUUACAAAAACGAAAUUCAAUGACGGUGAACUUGUCCUGCUAGCAUGUGUCAUACUGGUUGGCUUGUUUGCUCUCCAACAUUGUGGAACACACAGAGUUGCAUUUAUGUUCGCACCAAUUGUAAUCAUCUGGCUUCUAUCGAUUUUUUUGGUUGGCAUCUAUAAUACAAUACACUGGAAUCCGAAAAUAGUCUAUGCUAUCUCCCCACAAUAUAUUAUCAAGUUCUUCAUCAAGACUGGUGCAGAGGGUUGGAUUUCUCUUGGAGGGAUACUUCUCUGUAUCACUGGAUCAGAAGCUAUGUUUGCAGAUCUUGGUCAUUUUACUGCUUCGUCAAUAAGGAUUGCAUUUGCUUUUGUUAUAUACCCAUGUUUGGUAAUGCAAUAUAUGGGACAAGCAGCUUUUUUGUCUAAAAACCUUAAGUCUGUUCAUAACAGUUUUUAUGACUCACUACCUGGACCUGUAUUUUGGCCGGUAUUUGUUAUUGCUACAAUGGCAGCCAUUGUUGGAAGUCAAGCUACUAUCACUGCGACUUUCUCCAUCGUCAAGCAGUGUCAUGAACUUGGUUGCUUUCCCCGUGUCAAAGUUGUUCACACCUCAAAACACAUAUUCGGACAGAUCUACAUCCCAGAAAUAAACUGGAUACUUAUGGUCCUGACACUUGCUGUAACCAUUGGAUUUCAGGACACAACCUUAAUUGGAAAUGCUUACGGACUUGCUUGUGUGACGGUAAUGUUUGUAACUACAUUUCUAAUGGCACUAGUCAUAAUCUUUGUCUGGCAGAAAAGCGUCCCGAUUGCUACGAUAUUCCUUUUGUUCUUUUGGGUGAUAGAAAGUGUGUAUAUUUCAGCAGCAUUCCUAAAAGUGCACCAAGGAGGAUGGGUUCCUCUUGUCUUGUCCUUCUUCUUUUUGGUUGUUAUGUAUGUAUGGCAUUACGGUAUUCGUCGGAAGUACAAAUAUGAUCUACACAACAAAGUUUCAUUGACAUGGUUACUAGGUUUAGGGCCUAGUCUCGGAAUUGUACGUGUCCCAGGGAUAGGUCUCAUCUACUCGGAACUUGCCACAGGAAUACCUGUGGUAUUUACUCACUUCGUAACUAACCUCCCUGCAUUUCACAAGGUGGUUGUUUUUGUUUGUGUAAAAUCGGCUCCCGUUCCAUAUGUCUCACCUGAAGAGCGUUUCCUGAUCGGUCGAGCUUGUCCUAGACCAUAUCGAAUGUAUAGGUGCAUUGUUCGAUAUGGGUACAAGGACAUUAAAAAGGAUGAUGGGGACUUUGAGAACCAUCUCAUACAAAAUAUAAUGGAGUUUAUCCAGAUGGAGGCAGUGGAACCACAACUCUCGAGUUCCGAAACUUCUUCUUUCGAUGGGAGGAUGGCUGUUAUAGGUACCAGAAGCUUAGAAUCAACUGCAAGCUUGAUAUUUUCUGAUCAAGAAGAUGUCAGUGGUAUCGACGAAAGCAUCCCUAGUAGCAGAUCUGUAACCCUGCGACUUUUGCAAUCUAGUUUCGACGAUGAAAACCCACAAGUCAGAAGGCGUCGAGUAAGAUUUCAAGUGCCUAACAAUCCUGGGUUGGAUCACGCCGUUAGAGAAGAGCUUUUAGAUUUAAUCCAAGCCAAGGAGGCUGGAGUUACGUAUAUAAUGGGAUAUUCGUCUAUAAAGGCGAUGAAAUCAUCGUCAUAUUUGAAAAAGCUUGUGAUUGAUAUUGGAUACUCAUUUCUUCGGAAGAAUUGCAGGGGUCCAGCUGUAGCUCUCAACAUUCCUCACAUCAGUCUUAUUGAAGUUGGAAUGAUAUAUUAUGUCUAGUUUCUUGCAUUUUAUUACCAUAUAUAGGUUAUAAAUACUCCUAGUACAAUUAUUCAUUAGAAAUAAGAUACUUCUAGUAUUUCCAUUUUGUAAAUUUUACAUACUUUUCACCUCUCUUGAAUGUUGGUCUUUCAACUUCUGUUUUUCUCCAUUUUAAAUCAUUGAGAAGGUGAAUCCAAGGACUUACAAAUAUUUCUUGUAAAAUUAUUAAGAAUAUUGGAUUGUGGGAGGAAUUUUCUGGAAUUUGAUAUUUUCUUUGUAUUAAA